UUUUCACUCAUUUCAGGGUUCAAAAUGUACUCCUGCGAAAAAAUCGGUAUUUGUAUUCUCCUAAACAGAUCGGUUAAAAAUGUACCUGUGCAUCUCAGAAGAUGCUUCACUCGUGGUCAUGUGUCGCAUUAAUACAGUUUUGAUGUAAAUCUCAGUCAUGAAUAACAAUUACACGGGGGAGGGUAAAUGGUGUGAGGAGUGAGAAAGAGAGAGAGAGGCAGAGAGGGGAGAGAGAGAGAGAGAGAGAGAGAAGAGUCAGCCCCUGGAGGUGUUUGCAGCAGCAUAUGCCCGGGUUCUUCUGGACUAAAAAGUUGUCGGUUCGGCUGGAUUUGUUGUUUUAGUGAGGCUGACAGCGGUUUUCCAGAUGUUAGUCCAUUCUUACUGCACUGCGGACCGUCAUGACGGGGUCUCGAGUCACAGCUCACGCCUGUCCCAAUUGGGUUCGGUAUCCCACGCGGGGCCCUACUCCAGCGCACCGCCCCUGUCCCACGCACCAUCGUCGGACUUCCAGCCUCCUUAUUUCCCACCACCUUACCAGCCGCUCGCCCACUACCAGAGCCAGGACCCCUACUCGCAUGAUCCGUACUCCUUGAACUCUCUGCACCAGAGCCAACAAGGCGCAUGGGGGGCGCGGCAGCGGCAGGACGCAGCCGCGGAACGGAUGGACAGCUCGUCUUUGUUGGCCCAGCCUCGGGCCUCGCUGGCGCAGCUACCUGGGCUAGACCCACGGCGGGACUACGGUGGGGUGAGGCGGCCCGAUGUGCUCCUGCACGCCGCUCAUCCGGGACUGGAGCCCGGUAUGGGGGACGGACUGUUGCAUGGACUGCACGGCAUGGAGGAUGUGCAGACUAUCGACGACACCAACGGAACCAACAUACUGGAUCAAUCUGUUAUUAAGAAAGUACCCAUGCCACCUAAGAAUAUCGGUUCGUUGAUGCUGGGCAAAGACGGCCUGAUCGGUGGAGUCAGCGUCAACAUCAACGAACUGUUUUGUUCGGUACCGGGUCGGCUGUCCCUGCUCAGCUCCACCUCCAAAUACAAAGUGACCGUUGGGGAGGUGCAGAGGAGACUUUCCCCGCCCGAGUGCCUCAACGCAUCCUUAUUGGGGGGCGUGUUGCGAAGAGCAAAGUCCAAAAACGGUGGGAAAUGCCUGAGGGAAAAACUAGAGAAGAUUGGACUGAAUUUACCUGCUGGGAGACGCAAGGCGGCAAAUGUCACGUUACUAACGUCACUAGUUGAAGGUGAGGCGGUGCACCUUGCCCGAGACUUCGGCUACAUCUGCGAGACGGAGUUCCCCACCAAAGCCGUGAGCGAGUACCUCAACCGGCAGCAUGCGGAUCCCAACGAGCUCCACACGCGGAAAAACAUGCUGCUGGCCACCAAACAGCUGUGUAAAGAGUUCACAGACCUGCUGGCCCAGGACAGGACUCCCCUGGGCAACUCGAGGCCCAGCCCCAUCCUGGAACCCGGCAUCCAGAGCUGCCUCUCUCACUUUUCCUUCAUCACACACGGCUUCGGUUCGCCCGCCAUCUGUGCUGCGCUCACAGCCCUCCAAAACUACCUCACCGAGGCACUCAAAGGACUCGACAAGAUGUUCCUCAACAACCCUCCCAACCGUCACGGGGACAAGGCUGGCGAGAAAGAGGAAAAACAACGGAAAUGACGUUGUUACUUGCAGCUUUACGCCGCCGAGACUGACUCACUGGCCUGCAUGAGGGGGGGAAAAAAGGGAGGACCAAGUUCACAGAGGGAUUGUUCAUCUCUAUUACCUUCUUUCACUCCCUGAGGACAAGCUGGCAUUCCAUCCAUUUUGCUCCAGCAUCAGACCAGCGUGCUGUGUGCAGCAAGAGACAUUUUGUGUGCGCUUUGUGUUUGUCUUCACGCAACAAAAGCAUUGUGAGUAUGAAGAUAGGUGAUCUAUCGAUAAAACAGAUUUGUCUGGUUAUUACACACAAAAAGAAAGGAAAGGUGUUUGUGAGGGGGUAAUUUAUGUGUGUACAUAUUUAUUUAUAUUAAUUUAAACGGUUGAUUUUGUAAAUACGUGCCAGCUAUUUUGGAGUAGGCCUAUUUAUUUGUGAUUUGAUCUUUGUGAGUUGCCAGUGGGUGGGUGUGGGGCGGGGGGGAUAUAAGGACUCAUCCAAUGUUUUUUCUGUUCUUAUAGAGCUGUUGUCAUGGUGCUGAUGAUGGGUAGACAUCCUUUGAAUUGUCCUGUGCUUUCAUUUCUAUCACAUUGAUAAUAAACCAUGUGUUUUAUUAUGA